AACUCCCCGUGUCCUUGCAUUAUAUAACCACUUCAAAAGCAUAGUAAGAGAGAUUUAGUAUUAUUGUUUCCAUUUCUUUGACGUUGUUAUUAUAGUACUAUCCAUAAUUUUCCUGUAAGAGUACUACAGUGGUAGUAGUAUUGGUCAUCCAAUCUCUAAGCUAAGAAAAAGACCAGGAAUUUGAUCAUUAAUUCCUCAAAUGAGCAGACGAUUGGAAAUUCUUCUUUUGCCUCAGUAUUCUUUCAAAAAAUUGAGUUGAAAGCAAGAGGGAUUAUAGUCCUAUUUUCUCGGGGUUUGUUCUCAAGAAAUUAAGGCCGAUUCAACUUGUUGGAUCUUGUUCAUCACAUCCAUAGCUCAAUUUGAUCAAGAUUGCAAGGCUGGCUAACCGGUGGUGGGGUGGACAGGUGGGGUUGCCGGGGGUCGAACCGGCACCUUGUUCACCUGUGUCUUCGAAUAAACGCGGCCGGCCGGACUUAGCCAUCAUGAAUGAAAACAGCGGAAGCAAAGGCAGUGAAGAUGAAGAAAGAGACAACACUAGUGGUGAGCCAAGAGAGGGUGCUGUUGAAGUUGGAAAUCGAAGACCUAGAGGCCGACCUCCAGGAUCCAAGAACAAACCAAAGCCACCAAUCUUCGUCACGAGAGAUAGUCCAAAUGCACUUCGUAGCCAUGUCAUGGAAGUUGCCGGUGGCAGUGAUGUGGCCGAAAGCAUAGCACAAUUUGCCCGCAAACGCCAGCGUGGGGUUUGUGUGCUCAGUGGUAGUGGCUCAGUAGCUAAUGUUACCCUAAGGCAGCCCGCAGCACCCGGAGCAGUCGUAGCACUUCAUGGAAGAUUCGAAAUUCUGUCGCUGACCGGGGCUUUUUUGCCCGGUCCAGCUCCACCCGGAGCAACAGGACUGACAGUUUACUUGGCUGGUGGUCAAGGACAAGUUGUUGGUGGAAGUGUAGUUGGUUCUCUUGUGGCAGCAGGGCCAGUUUUAGUGAUUGCUGCUACUUUUGCUAACGCAACUUAUGAGAGAUUGCCUCUUGAAGAUGAUGAGGAUACAACUCCUGCUUGUGGUGGCGGUGGCGGUGGUGGUGGGCAGCCACAUCUUGGUGUUGGUGGUGGGGGUGCAGGAAAUUCACCUCCUGGAUUAGGGACUAGUGGAGGUGGUAGUGGUGGACAACAGCAGCAGCAGCAUGCCAUGCCUGAUCCUCCAUCCUUGCCUGCUUACAAUUUGACACCAAAUUUAUUACCGAAUGGAGGGCAGUUAAAUCAUGAUGCAUAUGGUUGGGCACAGUCCAGGGCACAGUAUAAUUGACAAAGUGAGGAGAAAAGAGAAAGGUAAUUUCAAGAAUGUUUAAUACUCCUAUAUAUGUAUGUUUAUUGAACUAUAACAGGAGGAUCUGGAGUGAUAUAUAUGUGUGUGUGUAGGCAGGGUGAAGUGAAUGAGGGAUAGGUAAUCUCUGUAUACAUUAUUAAACUUUUGAUCUUUUUCUUCCAUUGUGCUUGAAAUAAAAUAUGGUCCACUUUUUUUUUGAA